AUGAUCUGUUUUUGAGAGUGGCUGCUUCAGAAUUAGGUACCAAUUUAGCUACGUCUCUUCAUUUUUCACCUAAAUUAAAUGAAAAACUCUGUAUUUUUUGAUUUAUUUGGGAUUGUAGAACGGAGUGAAAGGAAGAGUAUAAUAGUUCCAGUGGUUGUGCCAAUCAUAUCAGUAUUAAUCUUAUUGGCUUUAAUCAGCUUUUAUAUUAUAAGGAGAGUAAGAAGAAGAGCUGAAGAUAAUGGAGUUACAAUCACUGAGGAUUUAAUUCAUGAGAAUGAACUUGAGAUGCCGAUGGCGAUAAUUGAAGCUGCAACCAACAAUUUCUUAAUUUCUAAUAAGAUAGGGGAAGGAGGUUUUGGACCUGUUUACAAGGGGAGACUUCCAUCCGGCCAAGAAAUUGCAGUAAAGAAGCUAGCAGAAAGGUCACGUCAAGGAUUAGAGGAGUUUAAAAAUGAGGUCCUUUUUAUUUCCCAACUUCAACAUCGAAAUCUUGUCAAACUUCUUGGUUUCUGCAUUCACAAAGAAGAAACAUUACUUAUUUAUGAAUACAUGCCAAACAAAAGUUUGGACUACUUCCUUUUUGAUGACAGAAGACGUUCUUUACUCAAUUGGCAAAUGAGAAUUGAUAUUAUAGUUGGCAUAGCUCGAGGGCUUCUUUAUCUUCAUCGAGAUUCAAGACUUCGAAUUAUACAUAGAGAUCUUAAAGCAGCCAAUAUUUUAUUAGAUAGGGAAAUGAAGCCAAAGAUUUCAGACUUCGGCACUGCGCGCAUGUUUGGUGAAUAUCAAAUGGAAACAAAAACAAAAAGAGUUAUUGGAACCUAUGGUUAUAUGUCUCCAGAAUAUGCAAUGGAAGGUUACUUUUCAUUCAAAUCAGAUGUUUACAGCUUUGGAGUUAUUGUUUUAGAGAUAGUUAGCGGCCAGAGAAACCAAGGCUUUUUUCACUCGGGACAUCAACUCAAUCUUCUUGGACAUGCAUGGAAACUUUGGAAUGAAGGAAAGAGCUUGGAAUUAAUAGAUGGAGUGUUGGGUGAUGAAUUCCAAGAAUGUGAGGCACUUAGAUACAUAAAUAUUGGACUUUUAUGUGUUCAAGCACGUCCGGAAGAAAGACCAAUUAUGUCAUCUGUGCUCUCAAUGUUAGAAAAUGAUAACAUGCCAUUGAUUCAUCCAAAAGGACCCGGGUUCUAUGGAGAAAGAUUUGUAUCUGAUAUUGACUCCUCCUUUUCUAAUUCAAAUAAUGUUACUAUUACAUUGAUAGAUGAUGGUCGCUAAUACUCUUAACAAUUAUGUAAUUAUACAUGUUUCAUUAUACAUGUUUCAUCAAAUUUAGGAGAAAAAAUAUAUAUUGUAUGUAUGAGUGGGAGAUUUGAAUCUCUAAUCACUCAAUUUUUUUCUUAA